AGACGGAGAUCGUUGGAAACACACAACCCAAAUCGGGGUUUCUAUUCAAAGCCAGCUGGUCUGGCUUUAUCACAUGCAGGACAUUUAUUUGAAGCCAUUUGUUGGUAUAUUUUUUUAUUUCUUUGGUCAACUAUCUCUUUAGUUUUCCUUUCUUUUUUAAAACUUUUGAACUUUUGAGUUGAGCUGGGCCUUAGCUGGUGCUGCGGGGUGUAACUUCCUGGGGAAGCAGAGGAACGGCACGGGUGCCAACCUAAGACAACCUCAAGCAUUGUGAACACUGAAAGGACCUAUCUAAUGAACCACUGACAGACAGCAAAGAAGGCUUCAGGACUGAGGGCUCGCGAGACGGCAAAAGAAGGAACAUUGAACGUGGUACGGAUGCUGAAAUCUUUGAGUUGAUUGGAACAAAUAGAAAGCAGAAAAAAGACAGAUAAAGGAAGAGCAGAAGAUUGAAGAGAAAGAAGAAGAAGGAGGACAGAGAAGAAAGCAUAAAGUUCUUUAGAAAGAGGAGAGAAAGAAAGAGACGGGGACGAUGGGGAGGAAAAAGAUUCAGAUCACGCGGAUUAUGGAUGAACGCAACAGACAGGUGACAUUUACAAAGCGAAAGUUCGGCCUGAUGAAGAAGGCGUAUGAGCUGAGUGUGCUGUGUGACUGUGAGAUUGCCCUGAUCAUCUUCAAUAGCACCAACAAGCUGUUCCAGUAUGCCAGCACAGACAUGGACAAGGUCCUGCUUAAAUACACCGAGUACAACGAGCCCCAUGAGAGCAGGACCAACUCCGAUAUUGUGGAGACAUUGAGAAAGAAGGGCCUAAACGGCUGUGACAGCCCAGACCCCGACGCAGACGACUCAGUCGGCCACAGCCCCGAGUCCGAGGACAAGUACAGGAAAAUAAACGAGGACAUUGAUCUGAUGAUCAGCAGACAGAGACUUUGUGCAUUAAGCAAGAAGGAGAACAAAGGCUGCGAAAGCCCGGAGCUCGAGUCUGCUCUCAUCCUCACCCCACGCACAGAGGAGAAAUACAAACAGAUUAAUGAGGAGUUUGAUCACAUGAUUCAAACUCAUAAGAUACCUGCCGUGCCCCAAUCAAACUAUGACAUGUCUGUGUCCAUUCCCAUUAGCAACCAGAACAAUCUCAUUUACAGCCAUCCUGGUGGUUCCCUUGGCAACCACAACCUGUUGCCACUUGCGCACCAUGGCCUACAGAGAAACAGCAUGUCCCCCGGAGUUACACACAGACCCCCCAGUGCAGGUGGCCUCAUGGGUGCUGACCUCACCACUGGCGCAGGCACCAGUGCUGGAAAUGGAUAUGGGAAUCACCGCAACUCGCCCGGUCUGCUGGUCUCUCCUGGUGGCAUGAACAAGAACAUGCAGGCUAAGUCUCCCCCGCCCAUGAACUUAGGCAUGAACAACCGCAAACCUGACCUACGUGUGCUCAUCCCCCCUGGCGUCAAGAACAACAUGCCCUCCAUCAACCAGAGAAUAAACAACUCCCAGUCUGCUCAGUCAUUGGCCACCCCAGUGGUAUCAGUAGCAACUCCAACUCUACCAGGACAAGGCAUGGGUGGUUACCCAUCUGCCAUCUCUACUUCUUAUGGUACCGAGUAUUCCCUGAAUAGCGCAGACUUGUCCUCCCUGUCUGGCUUCAACAGCGGCAGCUCCCUUCACCUCGGCUCAAUGAGCGGGUGGCAACAGCAACACCUUCAGAACAUGCAGCAUUCAGCCCUCGGCCAGCUAGGAAAUUGCUCUAACUCUCACUUAUGUCAGGGUUCAAAUCUCUCCCUGCCCUCUGCUCAAAGCCUGCACAUCAAGUCCGAACCUGUUUCUCCUCCUAGAGAUCGCACCAGCAGCACGGGGUGCUACGGUGGGAUGCCACAACCCCAGAACCCCUCUUCCCGCCUGGACUCGGGACGCUCCCCUGUUGAUAGCCUGAGCAGUUGUAGCAGCUCCCAUGAGGGCAGCGACCGUGAUGAGCACAGGAAUGAGUUCCACUCCCCUCUGGGACUGGCCCGGCCCUCCCUGGACGAGCGCGAGAGCCCCUCCAUCAAACGGGUGCGCAUGUCAGAAGGAUGGGCCACAUGAUAGCCCUGUCCUCUCCCCGGCAAUGCCCCGAGUUGCCCUGAGCCCCCCGACAACGCAGCGCUACGAUGCCCCCACGUCAGCUCCCUCCUCUUCCUCGAUAUCACAAGCCACCCACCACCCGACCCCAUGGCCUCCCUCCUUUUAUCUAUUUAACGCUGAAGGAAAGAAAAGGGACAGCCCUUUUCUAAAAUAUGUUUGUAAUUUCUUUUCCUUUUUUCUUUUCUUUUUGCUGAGUGUGUGUGCUAUACAUAUUGACAUUAUAUAAACCAGUGGGGUGUUGUAAUGGGGGUUUUAGGGGAGGGUCGGUGUUGGUUGGGAUGGGAUCUUGGGGUGUUUUUGUUGGGGAACUAUGCAUAAAUUGUAUUGUGUGUGGCUAAAAAGAAUCACGUAUGCAUAUAUCUUUACACGUGUGUGUAUAUAUAUAUGCAUAUCAACAAAUAAACAAAAAAAUAGUCAGGUACUCUGUUUCAUAAAACGUACUUACACUUUGCCUCAGCGAUAUAUCAGUGACUAGAGAAAAAAAAACAAAAAAAAACAAAUUACCUUGAGAGUGAGUGUGUCCAAUGGAAAACACCUUAGCACUUGAUUUGGACAAACAGUACAUGUGUACAGUGUUGGUUGCAUUGCUAUAUACCUUCUCUGCAGUUCUCCCUUGCAAAAAUGUGUGUUAACAUUAGAUGAUGUCAUGUUGCAGGUUCAACGUAUUUAUGUAAAUAGAGGGUCAAGGGGGGAAGGGCAGGGGUCAAAAGUUGCCAGACAUUACAAGAUUUAUUUACUCACUAAAUGAAAAGCUAUUAUGCAACAUUUGAAGGAUUGUACAGGUAGACCCAAUGCUAGACGUGUGGAACCUUUGAUCAUUUUAGCGCUCCCAUUAAAGAACGGAGCUGAGUGAGGACCACCCUUUGAUCUAAGAGCCUCGUUAGUGUAAUCAAGAAAACUCUGGAUCUAGUAUUAAUAUUCAGUAUUAAUAAACAAAAAAAGUAAAACAAAAUAAAAAACAAUUGUACGAUACACUUGCUUAUAUUUUCAUAUGAAAGGAAUACAAUGCAAAGCAUUUUUGUGGCUUUUUGUAGUUUCUAUAAGCCAGAAUGUGUUUUUGAUAGCUUUGCUAAUAAGAGAUGGAUAGUUCGCCCAGAGGGGAAAUGACAGGGCUCCGCAGUCCUAAGCCAUGAAAAACAGACUGAGAUCCAAUGCUUUGCUGAACUGUUUUAUCUUUGUAGAGGUUUGUUUUUAAACGUGUAUUUCUAAUUAUAUAUAAUAAUGGUAAUAUUAAGAUUCUUUUAAAAAAAAAUCUGUGAAAUUAACAUGCUUGUGUAUAGCUUUCUAAUAUAUAAAUAUAUAUACUAAUGAUUUUGGUUGGUUUCUUAGUGGAGUUUCUAUGUGCAGUUGCACAUGUUGUCUGGUUUGUUUAAUUUGAGCCCUGAGCAGUGCUGUUCAGGCGUGUAUUUAGUCUAACCUUAAAAACCAGCUGGAAAGCAUUGCCAGGGUUUGUGUGACGGAGGAAAGACAGGCCUGAAUGCUAAAACACAACCUGUUAGUGGGAAAUGUCACGAGACUGGAACUGGGGACGACACAGAAAUAAAUGUAGACACAUGAUGUACAUGAUUGUCACACUGAUGAGGAGAUAUGACCCACCCUCAGUCCAUGUAUAGAUGCAUUUGAAUGCAUCAGAUAUGUCAUUCUUAACUUGAAUGAUAUAAUUUAAUAUAUUUAAUCUCAUCAAACAUGAUUUUGACGUUAGCGAUGUUCAGUUCCAUCUUAAAUCUUUACCACUUGAGAUUUUGCACAAGCCAAGAUCAAAUGUAUACAACAUUCAUUUUGAAUCAUGUAAUAUAAUUUAGCAAAGUGCAUUGUGAUAAAUUAUCCCCAUCAUUUGCAAACCUAAUUUGAUUUGACGUCGUCCUGUGACUCCUCAUGUUCCAGUCUUCAAAACAGGGCUCCACAUCAUUUACCAAAUGUCACAUAACAGCUCAGCGUCAGAUACACAAGGACAGAUUGAUCAUGCUGGUAUGAAAGAAGCACAAUUGUUUAUUUUAAAUAAAUAGCUGUUUGAUUUCUCUUUUUUAAACAAUGAAACUAUCCACAUAUCUCUCUGCCUCCCACUCCCGUAUCUGCUGUCACUUAAGUGUUAUAAUCUUUCUGUGUGCAUAUUUCAUGCAGGUUCACUAUGUUGUUACUGUAUACAGUCUGUGUAGUCAAACAGGGGCAGAGCCUCUAUGGUGUUCUUCUCUCUUUUUUUUUAUUCAAUACAAAAAGGUUGAGAAAAAAAUAAACAUGAUGUUUCAGGCAGCAUAAGUGUGGAGAAACCAAAGCCAGUGGCAUUUCUUUGUUGUAAACCCAACUUUUAUUUUCACAUUCAUUUAUGGUUUUUGCAAGCAUUGAAACAAGACAAUAAAAGAAUUUGCUCAAAUGUACAAUUGGUUUCACAGUUCAAUCUCAGUCAUAAAAACGUAGCUUUAGAUCUUAUACCAACCACAGUAAUGUACCUGUUUUGUUGCUCAUUUGUCUCCCUGUGCAAUGAAAAGGUUAUAUUAAAAAAUCUAUUUUGUUUCUACAAUUUGUAAUUUACUGAAAAUCAACUGAAUCAUUUAGGUCUCAUCAUGUGAAUCGCUUGCUUGCUGUCCACUCGAUCAAAACACACUACACAAAUUGUCAUGCUAUUGAUAAUGGAUUCAAAAUAUACCAACAUGUCCUGAUGGUUGAUUAGAGUACUGUCGUUUUGACAAUAAGUUUAACCAAAGACACAGAGAAAACUUGUCUUUAUAUCUCUGUUUUUUCUUCUUCUUGUGUUUGUUAAAUUUAAAGGCGUUAUUUUUCAUCACCUGUUGAUCAGUGGUUCUUUGUCAUUCUUAUAAUAGAUGCAAUGUUGGUACCUCAGAAGUGACACAAGCAGUACCUCAGCUGGUGUUUUGAUUAAAGGGGGAGACCUGUACAGCCAUGUGUAAUAACCAUGUAAUAACAUUGCUUGAGGUCCCUACAUUCACAUGGGAUUCUUUGUUGCUCCACUGUGUUUGUGGUUUAUUUAAGUUGUAUUCGAAAGCUCAAAAAAAAGUUUUUUUCUUUAAAAGGUAAUAUGUUAAAAUGCUUAAAAAGUCAGCCUGUAGUAUCAAAUGUAGCUUGUAUAAACCUGAAAAUGGGGAGGUUGGAGCUAAGGUUUUCUGGAACGCAAGAGCGGCUUUUAGCGGCAUAAGCUGGCCUUUGUCGCCACUUGAGACUAAGAUGGUAUUCAAUUAAAUCCACAUCUCUGUAACUCAAGGGACUUGAUUCAGCUGUAUGUAGUGAAAACCUAUGGGGAUGAAAAACAAAAUCUGCUCUGCUGGAGGGAAAGGCUAUUUGUAUUUUGCAGAGAUUUCAGUAAAGUUACUGGCUUUCUUAGUUAUCCUGA